GUUUCAGGUUGUUGGUAUUGUUGUUGUUUGUUUACAAAUUGGCUUCCCAGCUGAUAACAAAACACAGCUUCCAUCGGCCGUGCGGUAAAAGACAAAUCUAGUAAGUGCAUGUGAUAUUGCCGUCACUCACGGCGGUUCAAUGAUACGCAAAGUGAUGGCGGAGGUAGACGUAAAACUGGGCAUUCGGCAGACGCUGCAGAAAAUCGAGGAAACGUACAACAAACGAUUGGCGCUAAGCAAUGCUCCCAAGCCGCUGCUGAUCGCGGUCAGUAAGACCAAACCGGUCGAUCUGAUCCUGGACGCAUAUUCAGUGGGUCAGCGUGAUUUCGGCGAAAACUAUGUCCAGGAGCUGGUGGAGAAGGCGAACGACGCCAGAAUCCUGGAACACUGUCAGGACAUCCGGUGGCACUUUAUCGGCCACUUGCAGAGCAACAAGAUCAACAAGGUGAUAAAUCUUCCAAAUUUACACAUGAUCCAAACCGUACACAGCAUCAAGCUGGCCGAAGGGCUGAACAAGGCGUGGGAAAAGGUGAAGGCUGAAAACGCCGAAAAGAAGCAGCAGCUCAACGUACUGGUUCAAAUAAACACCAGCGGCGAAGAUGAGAAAAAUGGAGUCCAACCAGAGGACGCAGUCGGCCUGUUCCGGUACGUGCUGGACAAAUGUCCCAAUCUGAACUGCGAGGGUGUCAUGACGAUUGGUCGCUUCGGACACGACUACACCACCGGACCGAAUCCGGACUUUGGCACGCUGAUGAAGUGCCAGCAAGAUAUCUGCAGUACGUUCGAGCGUGACCCAGCCGAGCUGCAGGUGUCGAUGGGCAUGUCGGAUGAUUUCGUGCAAGCGGUACGUAAUGAUUAUGACUGCAGUUGCUUGCGAGAGGAAAAACCAUACCUAUGGUACAUAGUGGUUGCACUAUGUAUUGGUGAAGUCGGUCGGCUGAUACCUUUUCUUUCGACUUCUCUUUUGCAGAUCGAGGCGGGCAGCACCAUUGUGCGCGUGGGCAGUUCUAUUUUCGGGGCCAGGGCGAAGAAACCAACUGAUGCGUGAACGGCGAGCGAUGCGAUGGUGUCGGUGGGUGAUGAUGAUGCGGAGCCUGGGCCUGGUUAAUGUUGAUUGCAAAGUGAAUUUCACUCGCAGCCACAUCAGAACACGCCACCAUUCACAGCGCUGCGUUGCGGGUGUGUGAGUGUGUAUAUGUGUUUGUUAGAUCAACAGAUUUGCUUAUUUUGUUCGCCGUACCAAAUACCAUACCGGCCACUGGGUGCGAGUAUGUAAAAGAACCUGGUUAGUUGGUAGAAUAAAGCAAACAAAACAACGACCCGCACGACAUGUUAUAACCGCUGCACGGAUGCGACAACGAACCGGCUGUUAAGUAAUAUUUGCCCUGUGCAUUAUAAAAUCUGUUGAAUGACUUGUA